AUGGAGUCAGCUCCUGAGGAGGCUGGUCUAGCUCCGGCGCAACCCCCUUCUCCUUCUUCCCCUUCUCGUUCCCCAUCCCCUUCUCCGCACAAUAUCCAGCACAGCGCCCAGCCCAUCGAGAAUACAGAUAAAAAUAUCUCUGACCAUGAAAAUGAUGGCGAUGAGCAUGAGCAUGGGUCUGAUCAUGGCAUCGAAUCCCCACGCCCCCUAUCCGGUGUAAUCCCUCCAUACUGGCAGCGGCACGAACGAAAUGCAUCCCGCGCAUCACAAACCUCACUCGCUCGGUCGACGAUGAUCACGUUGGAGGAUCACACUGCGGAUCCGGAAUGCGAAACGAGUAGGGGGUUGUGGGCGCAAAGCGUCUCGAUCGAGGACCAUGUUGUUGUUCAGGGAAAGACGGGGGUCGGUGCCUAUGUAGUAUGGAACUGGUGGUCCGAUGGUUGUUCGUAUGAGUUUGAUGAUCUGCGACAACGGCUUGUUUCUUCUUUCCCGCAUGCUAAGAGUGCUCUUCCUGGUCUUCCGCCGAAGAGUGUAUUUUAUAAAUUCCGGCCUGAUUUUUUGGAACAACGACGAGUUGGACUGGAAUAUUUUCUCAACUGCGUGCUCUUGAAUCCUGAGUUCUCAAGCUCACCCGUCGUCAAAGACUUCCUUUUUGGCCGACUUUCUUGA